AUGAAUCUGGCGAGGGUUCUGAAAGCGGCAGCAGCCAACAUUGUUCCUUCUCCUUCAGCUUGUUCACCGACAAGGUUGGUUGGUGUCGGUCCUCCUCCGCAAUUCCACCUCCCAAGAAGAUUAAUGGCGUCCAAGGCUGCCAACGCUGCUGCUGAGCCUCAUAUCAUGGCUUGCUCCUCCUCCUACGGUGAUCCAUGCCUUGAUCUCUUUUUCAACGUGCGACCACCACCAGCAUCCGCCGGGUAUAAUUCCCACACUGACACUGCCCUUAUCAACUCUCUCAAGCAGCAGCUCCCGGUCGCCUGGUCCCACAACCCCCUCACCACCCUCAAGCUUAUCUUCAACCUCUCUACUGGAAGUCACUUCUAUCCGGAAGCCUUGUCCGCAGCCACAUCUUGGCUCCACCAAAACCACCCCAAAACUCUCGCGCGCAACCUCGACUCUUUCGAGGGAUUAUACACCCUUGUCCGGAUUCUCUACAGCCUUCUCCUUCCGGAGGGUGAGCAGAAGACGGAGGUGGAGGAGAUGAAGGAGAAACACCGCGAGAGAUACAGCUGCGAUCUGCAUUACAGGUUGUUGCACGACCGAGCUAUGGAUGUUUUCAUGGAGCGGCUCAAGUCCGAUAUCCGAAAGAUGAAGAACAAGAAGCUGGAACUCAAGCUGUCUGAUUAUUUAACUGAUGACGACGAUGACGAAGAUGAUUCUGUGGAGGAUGAUUCUGUUAUACGUCCUAUUGAUGCUGAUGCUUUUGCUGACCUCUACGUCUCCGAGGCCGCAGAUUGUUUACUUACCACUUUCCCCUCCGAUGCCCACGCCAUCCACACCAUUGCUCUGCUCGAAAGCACUGCCAGGCGGCUUUUCCCUUUCGUGUCACAACCGCAACAGCCAGAUCAACCAUCAAAGGAGGAUGAUCAUUGGGAGCGGCUAAGAAAGGAGUUCUUGGCGCCCUUGCAAAAGUACUACAAGCGUCAGGGUGGGUUCAACCCGCGAAGUUGCGGUGUGGAUAUUAAAUAUUUGGAGGAGGUGAAAGCAGCAGCAGCAACAGCAAGCAACGGAAAUUUAAGCUGCAUCAUAAAGCCCGAUGCUUUGCUUCCACAUUUAAUCAUACGAUAUCUGCAAGAUGCGAAUGUUGGGGAGGCAGCUGAGCUUCAGUGGGAUGCAUUGCUGAGCAAGCACAAGGAGGGUGGCAAAUUCAGAAACUGCUUUGCUGUAUGUGACAUGGACAGAUUUAUGGGCGAUGGAAUGGAAUUGCCGGCCAGUUUAGGACUUUUUGUGAGUGAAAUGAAUGAAGAGGCGGCCUGGAAAGGAAAGCUGAUCAGUUGUGCUCCUCUUUCGGCUGCUGCUGGAGACGAUCAUGCUAUGUUGCCUCGUUUUCCUCAUCUGUAUUCGGUACCUCUCAACGAUGGCCUAAAGUCCAAAUUGUCCUUUUUGAUGGGAAUGGACUGCUGCAUGGUAAUGCAUUUGCAAAAGGUGUUUGAUUUGAUUCUCCAAGUGACUGUCAAUGAGAAUUUGAAGCCAGAUCAGAUGAUCCAGAAGCUCUUUAUCUUCAACCACGACAUACACCCCGAUUUUUAUGAUGGCGACGCCUGGGAGACUCGGUAUGAGGCCAUAAGGACCAUGUUUAAGAACAAAGGGUAUGGGGAUGAUGCGGUGCCUCACAUUCUAUUUUGGGAUAUUCGGUACUGGAAUUUGCCCUCAAUUGCAUUGCCUCAUCCAGAGGUCACGCUGUUGCGCGGCUGGUCUGACAAUUUGGCCAAGUCCUUCUUAGAGAAUGGUGGGGAUAUUGGCCCGCACCAUGUCAUGGAAGCAGCCAUAUCGGGCAAACGGUUUCAAGAUCUCGAUGUUGUGGACUGA